AUGGACACUCUACGGAGCAUCCGCGCCCUCGCUAGCCUACUCAGUGGACCGGCCCACGCUUUACUGCGGAAUCAGGGCCUGUACGGAGUACGAGUAGAGCCUUGGCCAGCAGAAGCCGCACUAUCUUACGACAGGUCCCAGGACCAGGCCCAAAACGCUUUAUCUGCGUGUCAGACGACGUCGCGUGUUGACGUGCGCAUCUGCGGCCACCGAAGGCUGUGCUAG